CAGGUAUCCAGCUCAAGAGUACAAAGUACAAGAUGAGGGAUUUCAAGCUUCUCAGGGGCGAUGAAGCGUAAUUAUGGGAAUGGAUGCAGACAAGCAAGGAGGCCUCGAGUACCCUUGGACACUUUGCUAAAUUAAGACUCUCUUGCGGAUGGAUGAAGUGGAGCAAGGCCUGUUGGUGCAGCCAUGGGCAUGGCUACAGCUUGCUGAGAACUCCCUCUUGGCUAAAGCUUAUAUUACUAAGCAGGGCUAUGCCUUGCUGAUUUCAGAUCUUCAAGGGGUGUGGCACGAACAGGUGGAUGCCAGUGUUGUCAGCCAGCGAGCCAAGGAGCUGAACAAGCGCCUGACUGCCCCCCCUGAGGCUUUUCUCAGUCAUUUGGAUAAUCUGCUUCGCCCACUGUUGAAGAACAUUGAUUGCCCUGGAAAAGCUACCUUCUCCUGUGAUCAUGGGGCGGAGGCACUGAUACUGCGGGUGCGGAGUGAGCUCUCUGGGCUCCCCUUCUACUGGAAUUUCCACUGCAUCCUAGCUAGCCCUUCCCUGGUGUCCCAGCAUUUGAUUCGUCCUCUGAUGGGCAUGAGUCUGGCCCUGCAGUGCCAGGCGAGGGAGCUGGCCACACUGCUUCGUAUGAAAGAUCUGGAGAUCCAGGACUACCAGGAGAGCGGGGCUACGCUGAGCCGAGAUCGGUUGAAGACAGAGCCAUUUGAAGAAACGUCUUUCUUGGAACAGUUUAUGGUAGAGAAACUACCAGAGGCAUGCAGUGUUGGUGAUGGAAGACCCUUUGUCACGAGUCUACAAAAUCUGUACACGGCAGUCGCCACACAAGAGGUCCAAGUGAGGCAGAAGCUGGAAGACACCGGAGAUCCUCAGGCCUCAGGUAGUGCCUCCCCACACGGAACCAACAGCCAACCUCUGAACCAGCCGGAAGAGCCAGCUUCCUCGGCAUCAUCCCACCCAGAGCCUGAGAAGGAGCCCACAGGUACUUUGGGCCCUGUGCAGAGACCUCAGCUGUCCAAGGUCAAGAGGAAGAAGCUAAAGGGGCUCUUCAGUUAAACUGCCUACUCUCAGCCGCUGAGGAUGGACUUGGAGAGUAGUUUCCUGGAGCCGCCUUGAAAGGAGCACCUGCGGCAGCAGUGUCUCUGACAUGGUGUUCCAGUCAGAGGCAGGGUCACUGAAGUCUGUCCAGGUCACCGAAGGCCACCUGAGCCAGUAUGUUGUUCAGUGAGAGAAUCUUGGCCCCAACCCCUCGGGCACUGGCAUUGCCUAUCCAAGUGGAAGCCAGUCUAGGAAUCCCACACUCUCUUUUGGUGGUGGUUGUCUAGAUAGACCCAGGACCCUACUGUGGACAUUAGGUAUACAGGACACGUCAGCAAAAAGGCACAACACGUUUAGGAAGCCUUGUCUACCUUUCUCAAGUGUCUCCCUAGCCAGUUCCAGGUGCUCCUCAGAGACUCACUUCUGUCUUUAGCAUGAAAUAAAAACCCUUACACUCCCCUGCUUACUUAUUCUGUGGAACCCAUUAUGCACUUCACUUUACUGGAUCCCACCCCGCUAUUGUCUCAGGUUCAAGUCUAAG